CCGAAAACAAAACAACCCGGUUCUACAGAUAGCUCCUACUCGCGCGAUUCGCGUCUUUAAAAUCAUGGCAAGUCGUGCGGCAAUGCUUUUGGGACAAGUUGUCCCGUGUGUUAAAUUGAACGCAUCCAAAAUACGCGUGCGGCGAAUGGAACUGGAUAGUAACCUGAACAUGUACUUUAAAAAGGACGAAUUUUACUUUGCCCACGAUCCAGACAAGCGUUGCAAAACUGGUGAUAUCGUGUUGAUAAAGGAAUUGCCCAAUAAACUUACCCGUCUCAUUUCGCAUUCGAUCGAGGAGAUUGUAUACCCUUUGGGAGAUAUAACCGAUCCCAUCACAGGCAAGAAAGUGGUCGUAGGCAAAUAUCGCGAAGAUAUUGAAGAAGCCAACCGACUGUUUGGCAAAUCGAAGAAUGCAUUUGACUAUUCUAAGGCCCCUCCAAGGGGUCGGUUGGAGGGUACACGUGAUUUUACUCAUGGUGAAACAUACAUCAAGUACCACGAGGAUGGCAAAGAUCAACCGUUUGCAGUGUGAUGUGGUACGUGGGCUUUUGCUAUCCUAUGUGAAUAUGUGGUACGUUACAAAUAAAGUAAUAGUAGUCUAAUAAUAAGAUGUGUAGGUGAAAAUAAAUUCGGAAGAAUGGUUGUAGUACAAACUAAUCGAAUUGAAAAAAAACAGGAUUGCAGCAUUUAUCCGAGAC